AUGAGUAUCGCAUUGAAAUCCCUACGAUGUUUGAAGCAAAUCUGCAUCAAUGUCAAAGCUCCCCAGAACUCUAAUUAUUUAAUCAGCAGAUACGUAUUAGCUACCCUUUUUUCAUCAACAUCAUACUGGCAGAGAGUCAACAGAAGAAAUUUAGCUGCGUCAAAGCUAACCCUAGACGAAUUCCAAUUUCGUCGAGCCGUUUCACAGCUUCUGCCUCGAUUCAAACCUGAAGACCUCCAUAACUUAAUAAAUCUACAAGAAGAUCCAUUGGUAUGUUUGGAGUUGUUCAAUUGGGCGUCUCAACAACCUAGAUUUACACACGAUGUAUCCACAUUCCAUGUUACGAUUAAGAAGCUCGGCGCUGCAAAAAUGUACGAUGAAAUGGAUCUAAUCGUCAACGAGGCGUUGGCGAUUCCUUCUUUUGGUUCUGAAGCUCUUUACAACACGAUGAUAUACUUCUUCACAGAAGCAAGGAAGUUGAGUAGAGCUGUUAACGUGUAUAAACACAUGAGAAGCCUGAAGAAAUUGGAUUGUAAACCUUCGAUCAGAACGUAUAAUCUUCUAUUCACUUCGUUUUUGAGCAGGAGAAGCAAUACUUACAUAAAUCACAUGUAUAUGGAUACCAUGAGCAUGUUGUUCAAGCAGAUGGUUGAUGAUGGGAUCGAUCCUGACAUCUUUGCUUUGAAUUCCAUGAUCAAAGGGUACGUUCUCUCCCUUCAUGUCAAUGACGCGCUUAGAUUAUACCAUCAGAUGGGCGUGGUUUAUGAUUGUGUACCGAAUUCGUUUACUUUUGAUUACUUGAUCCAUGGUUUAUGUUCUCAAGGAAGAACAUGUAAUGCUAGGAAGAUUUGUGAUGAGAUGAAGGCAAAGGGUUUUGUUCCAAGCAGUAAAUCGUAUAACUCACUUGUGAGUUCGUUUGCACUUGAGGGAGAAAUCGAUGAAUCUGUGAGUUACUUGUGGGAGAUGAUUGGAAACGAAAGGUUGGGUGAUUACAUUACGUAUAGGACUGUGGUUGAUGAGUUAUGCAGACAACAGAGGUGUGGAGAUGCUGUAAAUUUGCUUAAGGAAUUGCAGGAGAAAAGCGCUAAAAUUACAGUAGGUUGUGUCGAUGCCAUUGCUAAAAGAGAUGGUAGAGUGAGAAGAAUAAAUAAUGAAAAGCUUGGAGAAGCCCAUUUUGAUCAAAGAACAGAUUGUGUUGAAGCUUAA